AUGGUGAGACUGAAAUUCCCUCUCUACAAAGACGAGCACCGAUUCUUGACAAUUGGAUACGACUUCCACUCCCAACACGUCAUUUCGAACGAACUGAAUCAAGCAAAGUCAUUCUCGCAAAGCGACACUCAAGGUAUGGAAUCCCAGAAUUUCAUUUCUUUCAAAAUUGGCUACACCAAGACUUCUCUGCAAUUCUUCUUCCGGAUGGGUGAAGCAGACUGGCAUGAUUUGGCGACAGUUGACACGGCCAUCAUGACGGAUUACGAUUUUAGGGGCCCCGUCAUUGGGAUUUUUGCCAUUGGGGAGGAUAUUGCGGUGGAAUUUGGAGACUUUCAAGUCGAUAUUGUGUAA